GUUUUAAUCUAGAUGAUUUGGGCUCGUAACAAUAAUUAAUUUAUAAUACAGAAUUUGGACCUUUUGAUUAGUAUUUUCUCUAAUGCACUCAAUACUUGGUUUACGCCCCUUUUGCACGAAUUACUGCAUCAGUGCAGCUUUGCAUUAGAGAGGCACCGAUUCACUUUGUUCAGUUUCUAUCUGAUUCUGAUGCAUACGCACAGAUAUGUUUUUAAAUCAUGAUUAUUAGUGUUAUUGUUGUAGGUGUUAAGUGUAAGGUUAUACAAAGCUGCAGGAAACAUUUCUUAUUCAAAGAGCAAAAAAAAAAAACGAUAAAAUUACGCCAAAUACAUUUAUUUGAACUGUGUGCUGGCUUCUCAUACAAACAGGAAGCAGCAACAACUGAAGUGUAAGAGUUGUACUUUUGAUCAUACAGAAGGAGCUGUUCCAUCCCGUCUGAGCGUCUUGAUGGAGACGAUUUGUGGACACUUGCAGCUCAGUCUGUCUUCCAAGUGUGACUGUGCGAGUUGAGAAUAUUUAAAGCACCAAAUGAUCUUUUCUUGAUCCGUGACAUGGAUCGGUGUGUUAGCCCUCCCCCAGGAGAUUUUAGAGCACCUCAUGUCAUCCGUCUGCUGGCAAGCUUUAUGUAGAGGCUGAUUUCAUUUUCCAGCAGGACUUGGCAACUUCUUACAGAGCCAAAACUACCACAGCUGAAGCAUGCUCUUAGCCCAGAUAAACCGGGACUCGCAGGGAAUGGCUGAGUUUCAUGAUGCGGACGGGCAGCCGGUCACUCUCUGUCUGACAGAGGCCGUGACUGUGGCAGACGGGGAUCAGAUGGACACCAUGGACACGGUGAGCCUGCAGGCUGUCACUCUUGCAGAUGGAUCCACAGCGUACAUCCAACAUGACACCAAAGCCGCCUUUUCAGACGGACAGAUCAUGGACGGUCAGGUGAUCCAGCUGGAGGACGGCUCUGCUGCCUACGUUCAGCAUGUGUCCAUGCCUAAAGCAGGAGGAGAUAGUUUACAGCUCGAGGACGGACAAGCAGUGCAGCUAGAAGAUGGAACAACAGCAUACAUUCACACACCCAAAGAUACUUAUGACCAUAGCGGCCUGCAGGAGGUGCAGCUGGAGGACGGCAGCACCGCCUACAUCCAGCACACCGUGCACAUGCCCCAGUCCAACACCAUCCUGGCCAUUCAGGCUGACGGCACCAUCGCAGACCUGCAGGCUGAGGCCACAGCCAUCGACCCCGAGACCAUCAGCGUGCUCGAGCAGUACACCACAAAGGUGGAGAACAUUGAAAAUCCCUUGGGGUCGUACGGCAGAGUGGAAGCAGACAACGGCGUCCACAUGCGGAUUGUGUUACAGGGUCAAGACAACAGGCAAAGUCGGGCCUCAAAUGUAGGCGAGAAGUCUUUCCGAUGUGAUUACGAGGGCUGUGGAAAACUCUACACAACUGCACACCAUCUCAAGGUACAUGAACGCUCCCACACAGGAGACAAACCGUACGUCUGCGAUUAUCCCGGCUGUGGGAGGAAGUUUGCAACAGGGUAUGGACUGAAGAGUCACUCACGCACACACACGGGGGAGAAGCCAUAUAGAUGUCAAGAGUUGAACUGCUGCAAGUCCUUCAAAACCUCUGGAGACCUUCAAAAGCACACGAGAACCCAUACAGGAGAAAAGCCUUUCAAAUGCCCAGUCGAAGGCUGCGGCAGGUCGUUUACAACCUCCAACAUCCGCAAAGUUCACAUCCGAACACACACAGGGGAGCGGCCGUACUACUGCUCCGAGCCGAGCUGUGGGCGCUCGUUCGCCAGUGCAACCAACUACAAGAACCAUAUGAGGAUACACACGGGAGAGAAGCCGUACGUGUGUACAGUGCCUGGCUGUGAAAAGCGCUUCACAGAAUACUCCAGCCUUUAUAAACACCACGUGGUUCACACGCCCUGCAAACCUUACAACUGCAACCACUGUGGGAAAACCUACAAGCAGAUCUCAACGCUCGCCAUGCACAAACGCACCGCCCACAACGACACAGAGCCCAUCGAGGAGGAGCAGGAGGCCUACUUUGAACCCCCAACAGACGCCAUUGAUGACCCAAACGUCAGCUACACAACAGCGGUGGUUGAUGCUGAAGACUCCGGCUCGGAGCAGGUUCCUGUUGAGAGCUCGGAGAUGGCUUGUCAUCAGCACGUUGCCUUGGUAACGCAAGAGGACGGAACGCAGCAGCAGGUCAGCAUCUCAGAUGCGGACCUACAAGCCAUGGGUGGCACAAUCACCAUGGUAACCCAAGAAGGCACUACCAUAACCAUCCCGGCCCACGAACUCACCACGCAAGGUACUCACUCUGUCACGAUGGUAACGACAGACGGCUCAGAUGAACAGGUGGCCAUCAUGACGCCCGACAUGGCCGCCUUUCAAACGGUGGAGGAGGCGGGUUACGGCCAAGAACAGGACGACCUACAUCCUGUCACGUUACUGGCCACCUCCAAUGGCACUCACAUCGCUGUGCAGCUCAGUGAUCAGCCAUCGCUGGAGGAAGCCAUCAGAAUAGCAUCAAGGAUACAACAAGGAGAGUCGCCGGGCCUCGAUGAUUGACGGACUCAUUAUGGACUAUGAUUAAGGAUCAAAUCCUUCUCAAGUGGACUUUUAUUGACCAGAGAAAUCACGAGUCUUCCUCCAUGAUUUGUUUUUUGUUUUGUUUUUUUUCCACAAAAGAACUUAGCUUUUAUGUGUACAUAGAAAUUUGAUAACUGGAGUUCUGCUAUGCUAUUUUAUCCCUCAACCAAAAAGAAGAGGGAGUGAAAUGCUUUCUAAUGUUUAUGGUGCACAGUGCACAGUGCAGUGUACAGCUAAUGCUAUUUCUAAUUAAAAGAAAAGUGUGACAUUUUGA